AUAGUUUCGUAAAUAAACAAGAAUUGAUUUUCAAGACUGCACGCAAAUGGCAAAGUUCCGAGCUCCCUCCGGAUUUUCUUCAUUUUUAUAUCACAUUCGCUAAGCUCGCAUGCGUGUGUGAGUGAUUCACUUAGUACGGGUUUGAGAUUGACUCCAUAUCUAUAGACAACAUGGAUUCCUUUAAGAUGGUCUAUCUUCAGGUCUGUAGGGAGAAUGGGAUUGCUCCACAGCAGAGUGUCCUCGACCAGCUAGAUCCAGAAGGCAAGUCCUCACUUCACAGAAGCGGGUCUAGGUCCAGGUCCAGGUCUUCCCUGACCACUCUAGACCUAUCUACGACAUCACUGACUGCUCAGACGUGCUCAGUGCUAGGAAGGGCCCUGUCAACGAAUCACAUCUUUCAGGAGCUUAGGCUGUCAGAUUGCAUGAUUGGAGAUGAAGGUAGCAAACACCUCCUCCAUGGGCUGUGUUCCAAUACGUCUAUCAGAGUCUUGGACCUGAAAGGAAACAACAUGAGAGGGGCUGGUGCUGAGGCCUUGGGGAAACUGUUCAGGCAGAACCAUUCUAUUAAGAGGGUCUGUCUGGAGUGGAAUGCUGUAGGUGUAGAUGGUUCAAGGUUUGCCAACCUAGCUGAAGGGGUCUCGGCAAAUGGUAGUCUAGAAGUCCUUGAUCUGAGGAACAAUCAGAUUGGCCAUGAUGGAGCCAGCCAGCUUGCUACAGCUAUCACCAGAAACAGCUCUCUGCAGAAUAUAGAUCUGAGAUGGAAUAAUGUUGGUAUUGUUGGUGGUAGAUCCCUUCUGGCGGGCCUACAGCACAACCAGACUAUAACUCAGUUGGAUCUCGCUGGCAAUGAUAUACCACAGGAUAUCAUAAAAGCCAUUGGACUUUUGCUGGAGAGAAACAAAGAAAGAGCAAGUCUAUCAGCCACUCACCAGACCAGACAGGAUAUCAUGACAAGAGAAAUCAAACAACUCAAGAAUGAGAAACAUCAACAGGCCAGGGAUCUUCUAAGGAGGAUCGAUCAGCAGAAUGAUCAUAACGGGAGAAACAAGCGCGAGACAAGCAAGAAGAUACGUCUCCUGGAAGAGGCAUUGGCGGAGAGGAAGUCAGCCUUCAAUGCAGUAGCAGCUAAAUUAUCAAAGACAGAGGCUGAAUUGUCCUUGGUGAAUCAGAGGUCACAUGACCUUGACACUGUCCUUGAAGAUACAAGACAAGAGAUGACUUCUAUUAUGACAUCACACCAGAGAGAAAUGCAGGCAUUGAGAGAGGAGAAAGUGGCCUGCGAGACGAAGCUGAUCACAGAACUGUCAUCGGUGAAGGAGAGAUACAGAGAGUAUGAGGCCAAGAAUGAAGAGAUGGAGAGGAAAUGUCAGCAUCAGCAAGAACAGAUCUAUGAGCUGAAGGAGGAACUCAUGGCAGCACAGGCAGAGGUGAAGAUGCAAGCUACAAGGACAGAAGGUAGGCAAGAUAUAGGGAAACCUGUAUAUAGAGACCACUCAAGGGAGGCAAGAAAAGUGGUCUUUAAGCACUGGCGUAGCAAUGAUUUUUUUUCCUGGGGGGGGGGGGGCACUGGGGGUCCUUGCUUUUAAUGGGAGCCAACAAUUUUUUUCUGUGUAGUAUGUGAAAAACAUAUAGGCAUAGUGAUUGUUAUGAUUUUCCUGUUUCAAAUCUGUACUCUCAUUGUCAGAGAAAUAUGUAUAACACUUAAGCAAGAAAUGUAAAUGAUGAUACAAGUAAUAGUAAAAAAAGAGGGGGAAAACAAGAAAAAGAUCUAAUUAAAAAAGU